AUGCCUACUGACUACAUCAUAACUUGGGUUGUAAUGGAAAGGAAACCUCUGAGGCUAUGUGGGAUUUUGCUCGACAAGCAGGCCAGAUUCUCCCUUUCCCCUAAGUCCACAUCGGCGGCCCCCAGUUUUUUUUGGCUCCAACAGCCACUUCUCGCGACGAAGUCUGCUGCUGUCUGCAAUCAAUCAUCUCCAAUCCUCUUAACAGAGCUGGUUCGCCGGCAUCUUCAUCAUCCAUACAACAUCGAUUGUAAUAGGAGUACGCAGUGGCUCUGA